AAAAAAAGCGGUGAAGCCAGCUAGCUGUGUAGUCUGUCAAGAUAGUAGUAUAUUUUUUCCCAAAUCUUGAAGCUGCUUUGUGUUCACAACUCAAAAAUCACUAAAAUACUUGCAUCUCUGAUCCAUCCCAGUGGAUGUUCUUUUCCCUUUUGACCACCAUUUUCACAUCUCCUUUUUCAUCCGAUUUGACACUUUUAUUUUAUCUCAAACCCCACAACCUCUCCACCAUUCUUCCCAUCUCUAUAAAUCACCUCCAUUCCAUUCAUUCCUUCUUCAACACACAUUUUCUCAUAUUACCUUUUUCUUUUUUAAUCAAACCAACUGCUUCAUUUCUACAAAUGGCCACCAAGUAAUUGUAGCAAAACCCAACAACAAAUUCUAUACAAGUAUCCGGUGUAUCAUGGAAGAGACUUUUGUUCCUUUUCAAGGAAUUAAAAAUGACCUUGAGGGACGGCUCAAGUGUUACAAGCAGGACUGGACCGGUGGCUUCCGUGCAGGUUUCCGAAUUUUGGCUCCAACGACGUAUAUAUUCUUUGCUUCAGCGAUUCCGGUUAUAUCAUUUGGGGAACAACUGGAACGAAAUACUGAGGGAGCUUUGACAGCUGUUCAAACAUUGGCUUCUACUGCAAUUUGUGGAAUUAUACAUUCCAUAAUUGGAGGUCAACCUUUGUUGAUUUUGGGUGUUGCAGAGCCUACUGUUCUUAUGUACACCUUCAUGUAUAACUUUGCUAAACAAAGACCAGAAUUGGGUCACAACCUGUUUCUUGCAUGGACUGGAUGGGUAUGUGUGUGGACUGCAGCCUUGUUGUUCAUGCUAGCCAUACUAGGAGCAUGUUCCAUUAUUAACCGAUUCACGCGUGUGGCUGGCGAACUCUUCGGCCUGCUCAUUGCCAUGCUCUUUAUGCAACAAGCCAUCAGAGGACUAGUGGAUGAAUUCCGCAUACCAGAACGAUCAGAUGCAAAAUUAAUCGAGUUUCUUCCUUCUUGGAGAUUCGCAAAUGGAAUGUUUGCCCUCGUUUUGUCAUUUGGCCUUUUAUUGACCGGAUUGAAAAGCCGAAAAGCUAGAUCAUGGAGAUAUGGUUCCGGUUGGAUUAGAAGCCUUAUCGCAGAUUACGGGGUGCCCUUAAUGGUCCUAGUUUGGACAGCCGUGUCGUACGCACCCGCGUCAAGCGUUCCUAAAGGAAUACCGAGGCGUCUUUUUAGCCCGAACCCAUGGUCUCCCGGUGCAUACGACAACUGGACAGUUAUCAAGGAUAUGUUAAAUGUACCAAUACUUUUCAUAUUCGGAGCUUUCGUACCCGCAACAAUGAUCGCUGUCCUGUACUACUUCGACCACAGUGUCGCGUCUCAACUUGCUCAACAGAAAGAAUUCAAUUUGAGAAAGCCGGCAUCUUUCCACUACGACUUGCUUCUUUUAGGAUUUCUGACGUUACUUUGCGGUCUACUCGGAAUCCCUCCGUCCAACGGUGUCAUUCCACAAUCUCCUAUGCAUACCAAGAGUCUCGCUACUCUCAAACACCAGUUGCUCAGGAAUCGACUCGUUGAGAGUGCGCGCGAAAGCAUGAAAAACAACUCAAGCUUGGGGCAAUUAUACGGAAGCAUGCAAGAAGCAUAUCAUCAAAUGCAAACUCCGCUAGUCCACCAACAACCGUCGGAUUGCGGGCUGAAAGAGCUAAAAGAAUCAACGAUUCAACUAGCUUCAAGCAUGGGGAACAUCGACGCACCAGUGGACGAGACGGUAUUUGACGUUGAAAAAGAGAUCGACGAUCUUUUACCAGUUGAAGUCAAAGAACAACGUGUCAGUAACCUGCUUCAAUCGUGUAUGGUCGGAGGUUGUGUUGCAGCAAUGCCGGGAUUGAAACUGAUUCCGACUUCGGUUCUUUGGGGUUAUUUCGCUUUCAUGGCGAUUGAAAGCUUACCCGGAAACCAGUUUUGGGAACGGAUAUUGCUUCUCUUCACUGCACCAAGCCGGCGGUUCAAAGUUCUGGAGGAUUACCAUGCAACAUUUGUGGAAACUGUUCCGUUCAAGACGAUUGCUACGUUUACGUUGUUCCAAACGACAUACCUACUAAUCUGCUUUGGAAUUACGUGGAUUCCGAUCGCCGGACUUCUGUUCCCGUUGAUGAUCAUGCUGUUAGUUCCGGUACGACAGUACAUUUUGCCUAAAUUUUUCAAAGGCGUGCAUCUUCAGGAUCUGGAUGCUGCGGAGUAUGAGGAGGCACCGGCAAUACCUUUCAAUUAUCCUCAGGAGGGAGAAUUCGGUGCUAGAACUUCAGCUGUGGAUGCCGGAGAAGUGCUGGACGAAGUGAUUACAAGAAGCCGGGGUGAGAUCAGGCGAACGUGUAGUUCAAGAGUGACGAGCACCACCGUGACACCAUCAAGAGACGUAAGAAGUCCACGACUAUCGAUGAACGCAUACAGUCCUCGCGUUAAUGAGCUCCGAGUAUUGCAUAGUCCUCGAUCGGCUGCAAGAGAACCGUUUAGUCCCAUUGUUCCAUCUUCUUUGGGAAAAAGUCCCCGCAAAUGAAAACUCUAAUUUACUUACGUGUUUGUGUGAGUAGCCUGCAAUUUCUAUAAUUUGUCUUUUGUUGUUGUAAUUAGUAAUGUAUAUUUAACGUUUGCAGACUGUUUAGAAUAAAUUUUCAGUUACUUUCAAGUAAACCAAAUUGAUUGCCUUCAGUUACGUAUU